AUACAUUUUUCUUUUUAAUGCAGUGACUCAAUUCUGGUCCUGUAGAGCAACUCAGUCUGCUGGUUUUUGUUUUUUCCUUAAAGUCAGCAGCCAAUUCAGACCCAAGAAACCAGUCUGGGGACCCCUGGAGGAUAACCAUUGAAAUACAUGUUUAAUAUCUGCAGGUCAAAUGGUGGAUACAAACCGGUGGCCCUCAUGUCGAGCAAAGUUUGGAGUUAUGUGGAGGUUCGAACAAUCGACAAGGUUAAGGGGAAAGGAUUGUUUGCCAAAAAAGCCAUCCGGAAAGGGGAGACUGUAUUCAUGGAACGCCCCCUGGUGUGUGCCCAGUUCUUGUGGAAUGCAUUGUACAAGUACCGAGCAUGUGAUUACUGCCUGCGGUCCCUGGAAGCGGCUGAGGAGAAUGCCCGACGACUUAGUGGAAACCCCAGUCUUAUCCUUCCCUACCCAGAGCAAUGCAGAGUGCGCCCGGAGCUGCACCAGGCAUGCCCGCAGUGCCAGGUGAUGUACUGUAGUAGUGAGUGUCGACAGGCUGCAUUGGACCAGUACCACCGCGCCCUCUGUCUAGGUCUGUCUCAGGAAGACCCGGAACACCCAAUCAACAAACUCCAGGAUGCUUGGAGGAACAUGCACUUCCCCCCAGAGACGUCCAGUAUAAUGCUGAUGUCCAGAAUGGUUUCCACUGUAAAGCAGGCUAAAGACAAAGGUCAUUGGCUAAAGCUGUUCUCCCAGUUCUGUAGCCGGACGGCCAAUGAAGAGGAGGAGAUUGCACACAAGCUGCUGGGAGAGAAGUUCCAGGGGCAGUUGGCUUUGCUGCGGAACCUGUUUACAACAGCACUUUAUGACGAGCAUCUCAAUCGUUGGUUCACUCCGGAGGGUUUCCUUUCCCUCUUUUCCCUUGUGGGCACCAACGGCCAAGGCAUAGGCACGAGCUCCCUCAGUCAGUGGGUCCAUGGGUGUGAUGCACUGGAGCUGCCUCGCCAGCAGAGGGAGCAGCUGGAUGCAUUUAUAGACCAGCUUUAUAAGGACAUAGAGAGAGAGACAGGGGACUUUCUUAACUGUGAAGGCUCCGGCCUCUUCCUACUCCAAAGCUCCUGCAAUCACAGCUGCAUCCCCAAUGCUGAGGCUUCCUUCCCUGACAACAACUUUCUGCUUCACCUCACUGCACUCUGUGACAUCGGGCCUGGAGAGGAAAUCUGUAUCAGUUACUUGGACUGCUGCCAGAGGGAGAGGAGCCGCCACAGCCGCCACAAGAUCCUGAGGGAGAACUACCUGUUCCUUUGCACCUGCCCUCGGUGCAUCUCUCAAGCGGAUGAGCCGGACGUGACCUCUGAAGAGGAGGAGGACGACGGGGAAGGAGAGGGGGAGACAGAAGGGGACGAGGCAGAGGAUGAGAUGACUGAUGUUUGACAUGAACUUCAUGGCCAACCUUGCUCUUUCUGCUCACCCGACCACCACCACAUCCCAUUCCUCUGCCUCCCAACACAUCAGGCAUGCCCCACUGCCACCUUCCACCCGCACAGCACCAGCCCCACUUCCAAAUCACCAGCAUCCAUGAGCUGUCCGCAGGCAAACAUUGCUGAAAUGUUCCCAUACCUUAAGACUUUUUUUGCUUAUUGCUUUGUGCUGUUACAGAAGUGCUGUGACUUCAAGCGUCAACCAGACGAUCCUCCCCGGGUCUUCCAACCAAUGGCAACAGUGUAGAUUUCUGUCCUGUUGCCCCUUUCCCUGUGGUACUCCUAUAGAUGGUGGCCGAGACUGCACCCCUACUGUACAGCUGCUGUCCUGUUCCUGGACCACAUAUCUGUGUCCAUUUCUUUAUGGCACACUGCACCGUCUCUUAAACUGUAACCUUAGUUUUGCAGACCCAGCUGCCUCACUCAAUGAUUCAUGGUUAUUUCAACAGCACCUAUUACAUAGAACUUUUCCUGAGAUAAUCUUUUAGUCCUGUAGUCAAACAUUUGAUGUCACAGCUUUGGAAAACUGGAGAGGAAAUAAGUGGAAAUCUUUGUCGCCUAAGGAUGCACUUACGUAUAGCCAUUUGGAGUUCUAAAAAGAACACAUGUUAGUCUGCUAAGGUGCUGAUCUACAUAUAAAAGCAGUUUGAUGCAUUAAGGUAAAGUAAUCCUCUGAACUUGCAGUUUCGUUAAAUGAUAAUGUAUUUGAUAUACUGAUUAAAUUGUCCUGACGAUGA